UCCCUCUUCUCGGUCGGACCGCAGCCAGGUAGGAACCCGCCUCGGCCAGCACGCGCAGAGGCGCGCUCCGAACUAGAGUUCACUUUUCUCAGAGAACUUUCCAUCUGCCUGUCUUCGCCCCGCUGGAACAAGAGCAAACGGAGAGUAGAGCCGUUCCCAUUCGAAAGCGAGACUGGCGAACCUUGAAUGGCUUGCUUGGGAAGGUUUUCCUCCGGACGGUAAUGAAAUGGCCAUUUUUAUGGGAUGGAGAAGAGGCAGUUCUGAUCAGCAAUUCUAAGAGAAAGUAUGGCAAGAAAGCAAGUGAAAAAAAUUGGCCAAGGAGAUCAUAGAUGACCCACCAUAGAUGAUCCAUGCCUGAGAAUGAAGAAACUCAAAUGCUUCUACAUUUGUCCAAUACGAUGGCAUAUUUUAAUACUGGUUUUAACAAUUGUGCUGCUCUUGCUGCUCAAAGCUGAUUGGGUUUUAUUCUUUCACAAAAAUGUGUACUUUGUAGAACCAUUUUUAAGUACCUCAUCAUAUGUGAAAAACAAGUACAGCCAUGUAAAAAAAUAUGACCAAUAUAAAAUUAAUUGUUCCUCCAUCUAUAAUCAAGAUCCCAGGGAGAUUGGGAGGUCUUUAGAGAUAAAGAGAAAAAAAAUUAUUGAUUUAGAAGAUGAAGAUGUUAUAGCAAUGACCAGUAACUGCCAGGAAUACCGAACAAUUAGAGAAUAUCACCUGAAGGCCGUUUCUCCAGAAGAGGAAGAAUUCCCUUUAGCUUAUUCUCUGGUUGUUCACAAAGAUGCCAUAAUGGUUGAGCGGCUCAUUCAUACAAUUUAUAGUAGUCAGAAUAUCUACUGUAUUCAUUAUGAUCAAAAGUCUUCUGACACUUUCAAACAGGCUUUGGAGAAUCUGGCCAAAUGUUUCUCUAAUAUAUUCAUUGCAUCCAAAUUGGAAGUGGUUGAGUAUGGCUAUAUUUCAAGGCUGCAGGCAGACUUGAAUUGUUUAUCUGAUUUAUUGAAAUCUGCAGUUCCAUGGAAGUAUGUAAUUAAUUUGUGUGGCCAAGAUUUUCCCCUGAGAUCAAACUUUGAGCUGGUAUGUGAACUUAAGAGACUUAAUGGAGGUAACAUGUUGGAGACUAUCAGACCAAGCAGUAGUAAAAGAGAAAGAUUUACCUAUCACUAUGAACUUCAAAAAAAGUUUUAUCAAUCUAUGAAGUUCCCUGUGAAAACUAGUAUUUCAAAGAGUCCACCUCCACACAAUAUUGAAAUUUUUGUAGGCAGUGCGUACUUUGUUUUAUGUCAAGCUUUUGUACAAUAUAUUCUUGGCAAUUCCCAUGUUCAAGAUUUUUUGGAAUGGUCAAAGGAUACUUAUUCACCGGAUGAACAUUUCUGGGCAACUCUUGUUCGUAUACCUGGAGUACCUGGGCAGAUUUCAAGAGAAGCUGAAGAUAUCACUGAUCUUCAGAGCAAAACCCGUUUAGUAAAAUGGAACUACCAUGAGAACUCUCUCUAUCCUCCCUGCACUGGUAUACAUCUUCGCAGCGUGUGCAUCUAUGGAGCUGCAGAACUAAGAUGGCUCUUCAACCAUGGGCAUUGGUUUGCCAAUAAGUUUGACUCAAAAGUGGACCCUAUUUUACUAAAAUGUUUGGCAGAAAAGAUUGCAGAACAGCAAAAGCAAUGGGUUGCUUUAGCUUCUGAAAAACGUAUUGUGCACAAAAUAUUUACAGGUGUCUCCUAACAGUAUGGAAUAGUUAUGAGUAGAUUAUGUGGUAUUUUUAAAGUGAGGAAUUGCUCACUUGCAGGUAUGAUGGUAACAGAAAAGUACUUUCAUGACUCAUUCUCAUAUUUAUGACCUUUGCAGAUCUGUAAAGCAAAGGAAAACUGAAGCAAGAUCACAAGCCCAAGUGCAGUUUCACUAGGGACUCCUUCACUUAAGAACCAAGUUCCCAGUCCCAGUUGUCGUUAGUAAGCAAGCACAAUCUGUACAACUUCAGUGAUAAAAGAUUAGAGGGAAUGAGCUCAUUUAUAUUUGUUUAAGCCAAUGGUUCUCAAGCUUUUUAACUUCUCCCAUUUACUUCAUAUGUUUUCUCUUUAACCAGCAUAGAUUGUUCUUGCGUGCAGCUUGGAUGCUAGUCUAAAACUAAAAGAAGAAAAGAAGCAAGAACAAUAUUGCUCUGACUUUUUUUAAAGCCAAGUAAAGGGAAACAUUAAGACAAAGCAGCAAUCACUUGGGCCAGUGAUUGGUCACUCCCUCCCAGUCCAACCCACCUCACACGAUCGUUGUGGGGAAAAUAGAAAAAAGGAACAUUAGGUAUGUUCUCCACCUUGGGUUACUUGUAAAGUAAUAAAGGCAGUAAUAAAAUAGAUACUAAUAAUAAACAGAUUAGAAUGAAAGGCAGAUUGCAAAGUGGAGGCCAGGCACUAGAAGGGCAGAUGCUUCUGUGCAAACCUGAUGUUCAGGUUCUCCUGAUGUCCAAGCCAAAAUGGGCAUGAAGGGCAGCACCCUGUGGCUGAAAGUUGCGGCUACAGCAUCUUCACUUCCCCAAUAGGUCCUUGGCAGAUGCCAGAUGCAGACUGCAUUAGGACCAAGGUUAUGAAUUCAGCUUUGCAGACCAUUAGUAUGCCAAGAAUUGUGUUGGGAGAAGAUGGAAAACACUACCUGAAAUUGGAAUAGCUGAAGACAAAUUUAGGUUGUCUUUCUAGUGAACUGGGGAUAAGGCAAAGGUUGUGUCAGGAGGCUAUGUCCUCUAAAAAUGGACAGUAGGUUAACUUUGUGCCAAAGUGAGCAGGAAGAAAGGAGGAGACCCCAAAAAUGCUAUGAAAUAUUCAAUGCUUUGAAAAAGUGUUCUGAUGGUUGGUGUUGAAUGCUCCCUCAAGUUUUGGCUAAUAUGGAGUUUUUCUCUGCACAAACUCUUGUCCCUUAUUAAUUUUUCAUUCUUAUCUCCAGUCACAGAACUGUCUACAUUUUUCAAACCACUGGUUUACCUCAUGUAAAACGUUUGAUCAGAUUUUAUCUAUACUUUUGCUUAUUGUCUUGUUUACAAAAACUGAGUUUGAAGUUUGAUAUAAUCAUGGAUUAAGUCUAUGCAAAACGAAUGAAAAUUCUACUAAAUUGUAUAUGCAAUUAUGAGACAUAUAUUGUAUGUUAAGAUUUUGUAUAUAUUUAAGUAUGUAUGUACACUAAAUAAUAAUUAUUUAAAUAAAAUGUAAUAAAAUAAAACAGGGACACGGUGGCUCAGGGGCUAAGAUGCUGAGCUUGUUAAUCGAAAGGUCAGCAGUUCAGCUGUUCGAAUCCCUAGUGCUGCCGUGUAACGGGUGAGCUCCCGUUACUUGUCCCAGCUUCUGCCAACCUAGCAGUUCAAAAGCACGUAAAAAAUGCAAGUAGAAAAAAUAGGGACCACCUUUGGUGGGAAGGUAACAGCGUUCUGUUCACCUUUGGCAUUGAGUCAUGCCGGCCACAUGACCAUGGAGACGUCUUCAGACAGCGCUGGCUCUUCAGCUUUGAAACAAAGAUGAGCACCGCCCCCUAGAGUCAGGAACGACUAGCACAUAAAUAAAAUUUAUUUUAUCAUUUUAAUAUAUUUGAUACCACUUUUUCCACACAAAUUUCUCCUUUGCCAAAACUGUAAGAAAGAAAGAUACUGAAGUCAGCAAUGCUGUUCCCCUUGAGGUAAGUAUCAGUGGUGGGUUGCCCCCGCUUUGGUUUCUCAGGUUUUCUUUUUCUCUUAAUCUAUUCACGUUUCCUUCCUGUAUUUGUUUUGUAUGGCUGCAUGAGCAAACCGCCUCAAAUUACUUCUUUCAUAUUCAGUUUUGUAUUCAUAUUAUAUUAACUCAUUGCAUCCAUUCUUGAUCCUCUCUUCCUUUUGUUUUAUCCCACACAAUUCUCAAGUAAACCAUUCUCGCUGUAUUCAACUUACUUUUAUGUGUAAACAUAUAUGCUCCUUAUAUAUCCAA